CCCUAUUGCUGCGCCUCUUGUCAAAAGCAACCCGAACUUGCAGCCGCCGGCAGAGCUUCGUAGGACCGCCGCUGACGAUCAUUACUACCGGGUCGAAUAAAUCCCCCAGAAAUCCACGCCAUUGCUCGUCGGCCAAGACUCGUUCAAGUUUCGGGCACCACAUGCCACCGUUUAUCUUCUGACGAAACCGGUUGGUCUCAACUUCCAUCCGUGCCGUGCCGUACUGUAUCACAUUGUAUCGUAUCGUAUCCUGCCUCCACCCUCGAUUACCAAUUUCGAAAUGGAGCCAGUUCCCGAGACAGAGCGUAUGGAGGAGUUCCGUCCUACUCCUACACCUGCUCCCGCACCCGUAUCUACCUCUGCCUCUGCCUCUGCUUCCUCAUCUUUGUCUGCGUCACCCUCCCUCUCUCCAGGAUAUCCAUCGCUGCGACUUCAGAACCCCAGCGCCUUUUCCAACCUCAGCAUCGAAUUGCCUCGAAAGCCGCCAAACCUGAGACGAAGCACCGACCCCAGUCCGACAUCGCCAGCUUCACCAUCUUGGUCUGCGACACCCUUCAUUCCGUAUCGACCACGCACCACUUCUCCGCUCUCGGGCGCUCAUUCUAGGUCUCGUUCUACAACGAGCCUUGCGCCCCCAAUGUCUCGUACUCAAUCCAUGCCUGGCGUCAAUGGAUCAGGCCAUAUUCUUUUUUCGCCUCAGCACCGCCCUGGAAGCCCCUCUGGUUCACCUAGCAGAGUCCGAAUUCCACGAAAGCCUGCCGAUGAAGCUUUCCCGCCAAUCUCUCCAGUUCGAACUUCAGUUCUCGAACCUGAGCAAAUGCAUGAGCGACGAAGUACCUCUCCCAUCAUGGGGGUUUCCACAAGCACCCCCGCCCGACUACGACGGCCAUCUUCUCCUCUUCGAACAUUCACAUCUUCGAGCACUGGUUCUCUAGGCACAUUUCCAUCAACACCAUCCUCUUCAAUUUCGUCAACAUCCUCCUAUCGAAGCUACGAUGCCCUUUCCGGAAGCUAUGGCACAACUUAUUCGUCGGUCCCCUCCACGCCAACGUCGACCAGGUCCCGAAGUCCCAGCAUCUCCAGCUUGGAAACAAUUCCUGACACGCCUGAUGCCGAAGAAGCAGCGCUGGAAGCUGAAAGAAUUGCCCAGCUCAAGGCCGACGCAGAUGCUGCAGAGGGAAAUGAAUCCUCCGACCUGAAAGGGAAGGAUGGGCAGACGCGAGGGCGUACGAUGGGUUUCGGCUCUAGAGACAAGCGAAAGCGUUGGAGUGUGUGCGGUGCUGAGCGAAGAGGAGAUCUCGAUCUUGAGACCAUCUGGGAGGACUGAUCGGCGCAAUGCCGAGGCAGAGCCAGAACCAGAACCAGAACCAGAUGAACGAUGGAGAUGAAAUAUCUCAACAGGGGCCACGGCGUAUGACG